UUCAGUCAGGGUGAAGAUUAGUGUUGGCAACAUGAUUGGCUUGAUUGUACUAGCGCUCCUCGGCUCAGCAGCCACAGCUCCUCUGGAAGACAAGAUCGUCGGCGGUUAUGAGUGCCCGCGCCAUUCCCAGCCCUGGCAAGUCUCGCUCAACAUCGGCUACCACUUCUGCGGCGGCUCCCUCAUAAACGACCAGUGGGUCAUCUCCGCUGCCCACUGCUGGAUGAACCCGUACGAACAGAUGGCCAUCCUGGGCGACCACCACAUCUGGCAGUACGAGGGCACGGAGCAAUACAUGUCCGUCAACGCCAUCUACUGGCACCAGAGCUACGACUACCAGACUCUGGACUAUGACAUCAUGCUUCUGAAGCUGGCCCACCCGGUCACCGUCAACGAGUUCGUCCGGCCCAUCGCCCUGCCCACGGCCUGUCCCGUCGCCGGGGACAGGUGCGUGGUGUCCGGCUGGGGCAACAUUUACACCGAUCAGGUGUUUAACCCCUUCAACCUGCAGUGCGUGGACGUACCGAUCCUGUCCCAGCAGGACUGUGAGGGCUCCUACCCCGGCCAGAUCACCAAAAACAUGGUGUGUGCCGGCUAUCUGGAGGGGGGAAAGGACGCCUGCCAGGGUGACUCAGGCGGCCCGCUGGCGUGUAACGGCGAGCUGCAGGGCAUCGUAUCCUGGGGUUACGGCUGCGCCCAGCCCAACUAUCCCGGCGUUUACACCAAGGUCUGCGCCCUGCUGCCCUGGAUCAAGGACAUUCUCAACAGCUACUAGGCCCCAGACCACCGCCGCGGCCAAAGCCGCCCAGCCCUGGAGUCACUGAAGAAAGUCUUCAGUCUUCAGUAGACCUGCUUGUUGAUAAAAAUUAAGCCAAUAAAACAUUGUCUCCUAAA